UCUUUGUGGUUAACACACAGCUUUCAGAAAUAUUCCUUAUUUAACCGUUAGUUGUAUGAGAUUGAUUUACGAGCGAUUUUCUCAGUUUUGAAAAUAAUCUACGUUCAUUUUAAAUCAGGGCCUUGGAUAGGUAGCUGGCUUUCGGGGUCUUCGUUUACGCACCAACAUAUGUCUUGUUUACUUUGAUCAUAGCUAAAUCUCACGUCGUUGGCUUUAGUAUAAUAGUACCGCGUAUAGAUAAGUUAACGAUCCGUGAAGGGUUUAAUGUUUAAUGAUUUAUUUAGCUUUAGUAACAUUUUGCUGAUUUUUUUUCUCGUUUUCCUAUGUAGGUGUGAGGUUGGUGGACGUCGCUUUUGUAGAUAGUUAAGUUUUUUGCUUCUGAAAUCUCGCAGCUGUAUCCUGUAUGGCCUGAUACAGGAGAUUUCAUCUGGAUUUGAACCGUGGCUGAAAAGGUCUGCUUUUCCGUACACGAAUUCUUUACAAUUUAGAGGCGUUACCGAGGUAGUCAAAAUGGUUUUGGCCGAUUUGGGAAGGAAAAUAACUUUGGCGUUGCGCUCACUGAGCAACGCCACUAUCAUCAAUGAAGAGGUUUUAAAUGCUAUGCUGAAAGAAGUGUGUGCUGCCCUUCUGGAAGCUGAUGUUAACAUAAAACUGGUAAAGCAGCUCAGGGAAAAUGUCAAGGCAGCCAUUGACCUGGAGGAGAUGGCCUCGGGUUUGAACAAGAGGCGGAUGAUUCAGCAUGCAGUUUUCAAAGAGCUUGUCAAGCUGGUGGACCCAGGAGUCAAGGCAUGGACUCCAACAAAAGGGAAAAAUAAUGUCAUCAUGUUUGUGGGACUUCAAGGCAGCGGGAAAACCACCACAUGCUCAAAGCUGGCUUACUACUACCAAAGAAAAGGUUGGAAGACCUGUUUGAUAUGUGCUGAUACAUUCAGAGCUGGUGCUUUUGAUCAACUGAAGCAAAACGCUACCAAAGCCAGAAUUCCUUUCUAUGGAAGUUAUACUGAAAUGGACCCCGUUGUCAUUGCUGCUGAGGGUGUUGAAAAAUUCAAGACAGAGAACUUUGAAAUAAUUAUUGUGGACACGAGCGGUCGACACAAACAGGAGGACUCCCUCUUUGAGGAGAUGCUUCAGGUUUCCAAUGCAGUGCAACCCGACAACAUUGUAUACGUCAUGGAUGCCUCUAUUGGCCAGGCUUGCGAAGCUCAAGCAAAGGCCUUCAAAGACAAAGUCGAUGUGGCCUCUGUGAUUGUGACUAAGCUGGAUGGGCAUGCCAAAGGUGGCGGCGCACUCAGUGCGGUGGCUGCAACUAAAAGUCCCAUCAUCUUCAUCGGUACUGGUGAGCACAUCGAUGACUUUGAACCUUUCAAGACACAGCCAUUCAUCAGCAAGUUGCUGGGUAUGGGAGACAUUGAGGGUUUGAUAGACAAGGUGAAUGAGCUGAAGUUGGAUGACAAUGAGGAGCUGAUUGACAAGCUGAAACAUGGUCAGUUCACGUUGAGAGACAUGUAUGAACAAUUUCAGAACAUCAUGAAAAUGGGGCCAUUUAGCCAGAUUAUGGGAAUGAUCCCCGGUUUUGGUACUGACUUCAUGAGCAAAGGCAAUGAGCAGGAAUCCAUGGCCAGGCUGAAGAAGCUUAUGACGAUCAUGGACAGCAUGAAUGACCAAGAACUGGACAACAAAGACGGUGCCAAAUUGUUCAGCAAGCAGCCCAGCCGGGUCCAGCGAGUGGCCCGGGGGUCCGGUGUGGCCACGCGUGACGUGCAGGAGCUGCUGACACAGUACACCAAGUUUGCCCAGAUGGUGAAGAAGAUGGGUGGCAUUAAGGGGCUCUUCAAAGGAGGAGACAUGUCCAAGAAUGUCAACCCAUCUCAGAUGGCGAAGCUGAAUCAUCAGAUGGCUAAAAUGAUGGACCCCAGAGUUCUACACCACAUGGGUGGUAUGGCUGGCCUGCAAUCCAUGAUGAGGCAGUUUCAACAGGGGGCAGCUGGCAAUAUGAAAGGAAUGAUGGGAUUCAACAACAUGUGAACAUCAACCUUAAAUUUCACUUUAAAUAAAAUGUAGUGAGCAGCAAAUCAGUUGGUACCCAUUUUUAAAAGAUUGUUACCCCAUCUUUGUGAAUAAAUGUGUGAAGUAACCUAUUACCUUGCUAAAUACUUGUGAUUACUAUAGUAAUUGACAGAGGCAUUCAUGAAUGGGGUUUGAAGAUGGUUGACCAUGUUUUAAAAAUGAUCUUUUGGCACAAUUACUGGACAGUAUAGACAGUGUAAAGCUAUCUAGUAUCUAACGUAUGACAAGAUUUUGUCAUGACUUGUAUAAUAAAAUUUGUAUGGCAAAUUUAAGUUUACUUUUUCUCUCACACCCUUUGGUGUGUUAUGAGCAGGGUCAUUAUUUUGCUGUUGACAGUUGUUGCACGGUGUGUUUGACAGGAACAGAGUCUUGGAUGGUCACUAAUGUUGUAAUAAAUAUGAUGAAUCAUAAAGCAUCUUGAGAAAUAAAGGCAGUUUUUAACCUUGAUGCACUAAUGGACGCAUACCGAUCACUACUCCCCAAAUGUGACUUCAAAGUAGUUUUAUAGUUUUAUGUUUAAUAUUACAGGAAUAACAAAUCGGGGGAGAGGGUCAAAAUUGCAGUUUAAGUUAUAUUGUCAUAUAAUAUUCUUUAUGCCAUGUACUUAUAUCGUUAUGAAAUAGAUUUUUUUUAACGUCUACAUUAAACACUUUCUGUGAUCAAAUAUU